AUGUGCGGAACGGCCAGCCACAAGUCGGAACACGGACACGGUCAUCCUCACCACUUGUUCAGAGUGCCGACAGCCCACGUAGCCGCCUACGAGUAUUUGGUCAAAGAGAACAAGACGAGCGACCCGAAGAAACCCGGCGACGCGCUGACCGCCUUCAGCAGAAGCACCUUCGACAAGUGCUCGUCGUUCUUCGGAGAGUUAAAGAAUUCGCCGGCUUACAAGGUACUGUUCUUCACGCAACCUGCGCACGUGAUAAUGGCGUUGGCCGUCAUUCUGGUGGCCGCGUCCAUGUUGCCCGGCGACAUGAAGAAAGCGUCAAACGCCAACGGUGAAAGCGUCAAGCCCAGGACUUUCGUCAACUUCGUCUACCUGGCCGCUUUCUGCACGCACGUGGGCGCCCAGUUCUGGAUGACAUUCAUUUCCGGGUUGAGCUUGUACUUCAACUUGGCCAGACACGCUUUCGGUGACGUCCAAAAGAUUCUGUUUCCCAAAUACUUUUCGCUUAACAGUCUGCUAAGCGCCAUCACGCUCAUCCAAUUCGGCAAGAUGCACGUCGCUGCCAACGUGUGGGACGUACACACGUAUUUACAGUUGUUCGUGUUGAGCUUGUGCUUCCUGCUGGAACUGAUGAUCCGACUGUACGUGGUGCCGCCACUGUUGCGACUCAUCACCGUCAAGACGGCAAUCGAGAAGUCUGCGGGCGUCGGCAACGAAGUGGGCCACUACGACCUGGGCCCGCUGGUCGACUGCCCGCACUACAUGGCCAUCCACAAGGCUUUUCGUCAGGUGCAUCUGUGCGUGGGCAUCGGUAACGUCGUCACCAUGAUGUGCACUGCCUUCCACUUGGCGUACAUCGCGUCCUAA